UUCGGUCUAGUUGAGCCCAACUCCCUCGCUCGUUCGGUCAUGGCGUUCCCUUCUUCCCGUGGCCGGCGUGGAGGCCGCGCCGAUCUCUACUCCACUGUCGUCGUCCAUGGAGACGACGAUGACGCCGGAUCUCAGCAGGACGCUGCCUCCUUGGAUCAGGAGGAGGAAGAUGAGGACCCCUCCCUUCCUCCCCUCCUCAAGCGCCUUCCCAAGGACUUCGGCGCCGCUGCCGACGACGACGAGAGCGAAGGAGACGACGGGAAUGAAUUAUACGGAACUUUCAUCGUGAGGCGAGAUGCUCACCCCUCGCCCUCUCCUACUGGACGGCGAACUCUCCGGUCCCCCUUUAUGGAUCUACAGCGAGCGAGCCCAAGGAGCAGAGGAGGCGACCAGGAUGACCCCUACUCCACGUUCCUGGUUCAUUCUACCGCGGCGGGGUCGAGCAUGAGCGAGUCCGUGUCCGGGACUUUUGUCCGGAAGACGGGUCGUAGGGAUGAGGGUGGGUUUGGGUCUCCUUUUACGAGCGUGGCAGUGGAAGGGGUGCGGGGAGGAGAGGGAGGAGGGUUCGUUCAGUCCCAAUGGGAGGAGUCGAAGCAGCAGCACCAGAGGAGGAAGGCGUCGGUCAGUUCGGUGCCUGACAGCGUCGCCAAAGAUGAUCCUUCAUCUAAGUAUGAAUUACUUCAUGAACUUGGAAAAGGUUCUUAUGGUGCAGUAUACAAAGCAAGGGAUGUAAAGACUUCAGAGCUUGUUGCUGUCAAAGUGAUAUCCUUGACCGAGGGGGAGGAAGGUUAUGAUGAUAUUCGUGGAGAAAUCGAAAUGUUGCAACAAUGUAGUCAUCCAAAUGUUGUUCGUUAUUUUGGGAGUUACCAGGGAGAGGAAUACCUAUGGAUAAUAAUGGAGUAUUGUGGUGGAGGAAGUAUUGCUGACUUGAUGAAUACUACAGAGGAAUCUUUAGAUGAGAACCAAAUUGCCUAUAUCUGUAGAGAAGCUCUAAAGGGGCUUUCAUAUUUGCACUCAAUUUUUAAGGUCCAUAGGGACAUUAAAGGUGGUAAUAUUUUACUUACGGAACAGGGAGAGGUAAAGUUGGGUGACUUCGGUGUGGCUGCCCAGCUUACUAGGACCAUGUCAAAGCGUAACACAGUUAUUGGUACUCCACAUUGGAUGGCUCCAGAAGUUAUUCAAGAAAGUCGGUAUGAUGGAAAGGUUGAUGUUUGGGCGCUUGGUGUCACAGCUAUUGAAAUGGCAGAGGGACUACCUCCAAGAUAUGCGGUGCAUCCAAUGAGGGUGCUGUUUAUGAUAUCAAGUGAGCCUGCUCCAAUGCUUGAAGACAAAGAAAAAUGGUCACUUCUUUUCCAUGAUUUUAUUGCUAAGUGCCUAACAAAAGACCCACGAUUACGUCCAUCUGCAACUGAGAUGCUAAAGCAUAAAUUCAUUGAAAAAUGCAAUUGGGGGCCUCCAAAAAUGUUGCCAAAAAUUAAAAAAGCUAGGCAAAUAAGAGCAUCAAUGGCUGCACAGGCCCAACAUCAACAAGCAGGAAGUGAACCUAGAGUAGAAGGAGCUGUAUAUGGAGACACUGUUCCUUCAAGGCCUAUGGGUUAUCCAAUCAACAGUGUUGAAACUGAUGCAGGGGAAUUUGGUACUGUCGUAGUUCAUGAUGAAGUUGGAAACAGGGAUGAACUUGUUGAAUCUCCUAUAUCUAAGAAACCAGAAUUCAUACCUGGACUUGGUGACAUCAGUUCUUUCAAUCAUGAUCCUGGGGAUAGUUCUUUUGAUUUUUGGGUUGACAAUUUGAGUGGUACUAUAGUUACUAAAAAACCUGAUGCAGUGGAAAUGCUUGAUUCCCAACCAAUCCAACGGUUGCCGUCGUCCUCUGGUUAUGUUGAAAGAGUCAAUUCAAAUGUCGUCUUGCAGCAACAUAGUUCAGGCAAAAGUUAUGCAGUGUCUGAUAACUCUGACAAGAGCAGCACUCUGAGAAGUGCCACCAUGAACCGUAAAGCAUUUUCAGUACAAGAUAAGAUCCGGUCCAUCUAUGCUGCUGGCAAUACAGUACCUAUUCCAUUUCUUAAGGCAAUAGACAUUUCUCCUCUUGCUCUAGUCUCCGAGAAUGUAGCUGGGGAUAGAGUGCUGGAAUCUAAGUCUCAUGCUGCAUUGGAAGCAGUGAAGGAGCUUUUUAGUGGCGAUGGGCAAUCCAAAAAAGGACGUAAAGGGCAAAAUGAGAUCCAGCUUCCUCCAGGAGUUUAUCAGAGAUUGACUACAAGCCCAACAUUGAUGAAUCUAGCACAAGCACUGGCUUAUCAUAAAACGUGUUAUGAGGAUAUGCCACUUCAAGAGUUUCAAGAAGCACAAGAGAAGCAGACUAUUCAAAACCUUUGUGACACACUCCGUACUAUUUUAAGGUUAUAGAUAGCAACCUCAUGAUCUGGUCAGUGAAGGGGAGCAUGUUGGUUGUUAUUUAUGGUAGAUGACCGCAUCAUAGAUUAUAAUAGAUGCAUCCCUUCAAGUUUAAGAGGUAGUGCACCCUUGUGAAUUUUUAUGGUUGCAUGUCAUGCUUUCCCAUCUUUAUCGAUAGAUAAUCCAUAACCUUUGCUCAUUCCUCUUGCUGCCAAGCAUCAUCUUUUUCCAACUAAAAUUUUUCCCCCGAUAUUUCCAUCACUGAUGAUUUCAAAUAGACUUCGUGCUGCUGUUGUGGCAAGGUGCUCGGAAUGACACCCGUAAAUCUUCACUACAGAUUGAGUAAUGUAAUCCAGUCAUUAGAUCUAAUGUAAAGAAUAGGCAUGCCCAUUCUAACAUUUGAGAGCAAAGUAAAAUCUCUUGUUCAGUUUAUUUCUGCUAUUCUUGAGUAAGUUGUGGAUGAUAACUAAUAAAAAUAUUAUCUGUUAGCUGUUUUUA